GAUCCGGGCCUUCUGCGGGAAGCUGCGGCUCCUGGCCGGCACGCUGGACUGCGAGACGGCCCGGCUGCAGCGGGCGCUGGACGGAGAGGACAGCGACUUUGAAGCUUAUCCAACGAAGAUUUUACGUGACCUUCAUUCAGAAGUCCGGGCUCUGAAGGAUGAUGUUAAUAUUCUUCUUGAUAAAGCAAGAUUGGAAAGUCAAGAAAGCAUUGGUUUUAUUAAGGCAACAAAAGUACUGAUGGAAAAAAAUAAAAUGGAUAUCAUAAAAAUAAGAGAGUUUUUCCAGAUGUAUGGAUACAGUCCACGUGUCAAGGAAAAUUCAGUUUGUGAACAGGAAAUCGCUGACUCUACCCUAGAGAUGGCCAGCUGCGACAGUGUUCCAGAGUCUGGUGUGAAGGAUGACCCAUCCGACCUGCCCAUCCCAGGCGGUUCUGUUUCUGAGGCGCCUCUGCGGAGUCCACAGCUUGCAGAUUUUGGACUGGAGCGGUAUAUGAUACCUCAGGUUCUACCAGACCCUCCGCAAGCCAUAAGCAACCGCAAGGAAGAGCCCACAGCUGACACUCCACCUACCAGACAGCCAGUAGUUCGAAUACCGAAAACUCCAAAAUGUGCUCUAAAGAUGGAUGAUUUUGAGUGUGUAACUCCUAAGUUAGAGCACUUUGGUAUCUCGGAGUAUACUGCGUGUCUCAAUGAAGACUACACAGUGGGACUUAAGAAUAUGAAGACUGUUGGAAGGGAGGUGGCCGUAGAAACAGAAGCCAUGACCAGUGAUAAUUGCUUUGCCACGCCUGGCCCUGUAAUCCAGCAGCUGGAAAAAAGGGAUACCGAGUAUACAGAUUCCCCUUUGGCACCUACCUUCUGCACUCCUGGUUUGAAAGUUCCUUCUACAAAGAACAACACAGCUUUGGUAUCCACAGAUUAUCCGUUAUCAGAAACACACAGUUCCUCAAAUGAUUUUGAAGUUAAAGAUUGUACUUCAUUAGUUUUAAACUCAGACCAGUGCUUGCAGAAUUUUGCAGACCCCUCCUCUCCUACAAUUUCGUCUUACGAGAAUCUGCUCAGAACACCCACACCUCCAGAAGUAACUACUAUUCCACAAGAUGUUCUCCAGAUUUUGUCAAAAUACAACUCAAAUCUAGCUACUCCAGUAGCCGUGAAAGCAGUGCCUCCCAGGAAAGGGCUCCCUAAACCUGGAGGAUGGAACGUCCCAGAGGUUGGCAACAAAGAAAACUGGUGAAAAAAUUGUGGCCUGUGAGUCUCAGAUCCCCAAGUUACCGUGUUUGCUGAUCUCAGUGGGAAUCUACUCCCAACUAGAGUGGAACUUCAGUUCACAAGCACUUUUGUUUGCAAACAGAAGCAUUUGGCAGAAAUUCUGUGUUUGUUUACAAACUCUGUAUCAGGUGACACACAAGCUUGGCCGUCCUUUCCAAAAUCGUAGAAAAUUAAGUUGGUGAGCUGAGGUAUCACUGUACUGUACUUUGUAAAUGUAAAAUAUAUAGCCACUGUGUUGUCAUGUGUUUUGUUGAUGGAUUUUUAUUAUACUUACCUGACAUUUUAAAUUUCUGUUUACAGAAAUUGUAUCCAUUACAGAAACUGAACAGAAUAGAACGAAGCAGAGCUGCAUUUAUUUACAUUCCUUCCCCAUUUUCCUCUGAAAACCAACCCAUUUGAAAGAGGAACAUGGACAAUGGUAUCAUAAUAUACUUUAUAUGAAGUCAGCAAGUUUUGAUUUGGUUUGAAUCUUGUUCAUAUGUACCUUGUUAGUCAGUUUUCAAGAUUACUGUGUAUAUUUCUAAAUCACUAUUUAACAGAAUGGUUUACAUAACAGGAAGUAGAGGUGGAGCAAAUGAUUUCAUAAAAAUGUAAAUAAAGGCUAACAUUUGUGCCUGA